GCGUAAAAUACGUUAGCAAACAUGGCGGCGUAUUAGCAGUGUGGUUCUGUUGCCAUGUGAAUUUUGAAGAUAUGUCACACAUUCAGUCUCCACAGGUGCCUAAAACACCUGCGAAUAAAGAAUUUCCACAAGUCUCCAAGAAAGUCAAAGAGAUCUACUGUAUUUUGUGUCGCAGAAUUUAUUUAAAAUAUAAUGCACAGGACCAUAUGCAUAGUAUGCUUCAUCACAGGGAGCUGGAGACGGUGUUGGGCAAGGAUGCCUUUCAUGAUUGCCAGGCAUGUAAGGUAAAGUCUUUGGGUUUAAAGGAGUUUGCCAAGCACGUCUCAACAACUCAACACAAAGAGAAGUUGAAGAAGUUGAAGACCGAAUGCAUCACACCCAAAAGUCUGUUCAAGAGUCUGAGUAAAGAGACCAUACACAGAAUCAUGACGAGAAAUAAGGCACUGAAAAAAGAGGAGAAGAAAACAAUGAAGAAGAAAAGAAAGAAACAGAAGCAGGAAGCUGGGCAGAAGCAUGGGGCGAUGCAACCCAGUGUUGCCAGGAAAAAGACUUCGGGGUCCCAAGGAGGGACGAAAGGGAAUUCCACACAUCUGCAGCCAAGGAUGUCCAAACAGCAGCAGCAAGCUCACUACAAUGGAAGCAACGGUGUUGUUUUUCAAAACAAGGAGAACAAAAUGUCUGGCCUGCAAAGCCCUAUUGACUGCAGAGGAGCACCUUUUCACAAAGCAAGCUGGAGACCAAACUAUCCCAGAGGAAUGCUUAGAGGUCAACCUCGUCACCAUUAUUUUCAGAACCAGUUUGCUCCUUUUUUUGUCAAUAACCAGUUGAGGUUUGGGAAUUUCCAAAAUUACAGAUUUCCUAACAGUCAAGAUAACUGCCAAAUCGGUUCCUUUAAUGUUCCCGCACCAGACGCAUUUACCGCAGUCAACCAGGCCAACUACUACAACACAGAGUACAAUUAUGCAACACAAAGCAACUUCGCCAGUGAUCAGUUCUCUGGAAAGGAACCUCUCCUGUUUGAGUUCAACCAAAGCGCAAACACCGGGUCCUCUCAGCCAGAAGGUUCAGGCUGUUCAACUCAGCCUGCUUCAGCAAACUCACCUGCCAGCCCCGCUCCUAUCCGGGACGUCGACGUCAACUUCAUGCUGAAGCAAAUCAGGAAAGAGCUUGGCGUGAGGGAGCCGUGCCGAGCGGAUCGGGAAGCCCGGAAGCAGAAUAGCGAGGCCAGUGUUGGGUCGGCUGAUGGGAACAGCGUGCAACAAACAGAUGCAGAGCAGCCAGCAGACGCCACCAUCCCCACUCCAACUACAGUUGCUCCACAGGCAGGCACCUCUGCUGCUCCUUCCAGUGUCGCUCCUGGUAAAUCAAAACGGGCAAGUCUCAAAGAGAAGCAAGAAACGAGUCAGCUCUUCAAGAAGGAUUCAACAGCAGAAGAGGAACAUGGAAAUAGCAAGGGAGGAGACUCUCUGGUGGCCAAAGUCACCUCGAAGUCGCCCAAGGUUGCAGCCUUUGGGCCCAACUUGAGCCUCGCUCGUAAAGUCCGAAUCGCCCACAAAGCAGCUCAGGGGGAGAAUUCAGCCGCAUGUAAACAAGUCCUGGACAAGUUGCUCAGCUUGUCAGAAACCAAGACUAAAUUAAGCUGGAGGGAGAUGUACAAUGAGAAGAAAGGGAAGACCUUAAAAGACAAGUCCCGGUUUAGAACUGAGUUGGUAAACCGUCCGGAUGAUAAAGAAAGCGCUGCACUGGUCGGUGAUCUUCCUCUGUCUGAGGGUUUCCACUGGGAGCCACUUUCAGAAAGCCCUUCAGUCCAGCCGCCUCCUUCAAGUGACGCUGACACAACAGAGACUCAAACGGUUCCUCGGGUACAAGAUCCAGACGCAGCUCAGGUGCCCUGCAGCACCGGGUCGGUCAAAAAAGUUUCUAUUAAAGCAGAACCAAACGUGGAAGGUGAGACGGAAGACCUGAGGGAGGAGAACGGUUCCAGCAAACGCAAACGUUUGAAGUUGACAGGUGAUGGUGGUUCAGAUGGGAAAAAGAAGAAAACCAAGUCAAACAGAGACCAGAGUCAGAUGGACGAGCUGUUGGCCGUCUCACUGAAGGAAGACGAGUUGAGCCGUUCGUUGCAGGAAUUGGACAAAUCUCUGAUCCAGGCCCGCAACGCUCUGCAAGCUGCCUACGCAGAGGUCCAAAGACUUUUGCUACUGAGACAGCAGUUUUCUGCUGAGGUCAACGGUCUGAGAGCAAAGCGCAUUGAGAUCCUGCAGGGAAUGCAAGAAGGUUACUCUAAAGGGUCCGACGCAGCCUCAUCGUCCAUCGCGGCACCAUCCUCCUUUACUUUAAGUUCCUUCCCCUCAUCCUCGAGCCCGCAUCCACCUGCUGCAGCCCCAGCAUCAUCCAUCACCCACUCUCCUCCAGCUCCCCUCACAACGCCAGCAGUGUCCAUAAAACAGGAAGUCAGUUGUCGUUUUGCCACAACCGAACCGGCUGUUUGUCCAAACGCUGCCUCCUCCUCUGCUGAUGGGCCUCACGUCCCUCUGAACAAACCUGCCCCCUCGUUUCCUGCUUAUGUGCUUCCCCUAACGCUGCUCCAACCAUCGCUCUCGUCCGCCUCCACUUCCUUUGCUCAACAACCCACAGCAGAAAGCUCCACAUCAGCGAAGUCGCCCGCUCCUGAAUCGUCUGCCAGGAAGCAGCAAGAGACCGGCGUCGGACUGAAGAGCUGUGGAAAGACCACAAAAUCACAACCACCUGAGAGUGAGUCUGUGGGAAAUGUUAACCAAGGUGGAGUUAAAGGAGCAAUAAAAAUAGAGAAGAAGCCGUCUGAUGAAAACGACGACGGCAGCGAGAGCGACAGCUCAGUCGAAAUGAUCGAUUCCAACCUGGAGGUCAUAGCUAUCGACGAAUCAGACGUGGAGAACUCGGCUGAGGCGGAUCCUGCAGAGCAGCCCGAGGAGCCGCUGACCUCUGUCGGCAUGGAGUUGAGUUCUGCGAGCACCCAGACGUGUCAGCAAAAUGAGCCCGACAGCAAAUUUCAGCCUCCAGUCUUGUCAAGAAACGAUGCCAGUGCUCCUCCAAGUUCAUGA